CCCCGGAGCGGCGGCGCGGGCGGGCGGGCGGCGGGGCUUGUUUCUCGGCGCCGCCGCUUCCCCCAUCCCCGGCCCCCGCAGCAGCCGCGUCCCCGGGCGGGGCGAGACCGGCGGGGCCGCCCCCGGGGCCGGGCUCCUCGCACAAAGCCGUGUGUGCCGCGGGGACCGCGCCGGCACCGCCCCGAUGUGAGCGGGGCAUGGCCGCGGGGCAUGGCCCGGGGCGGGCGGCGGCGGGCGCGCAGCGCCGCCGGUGAACAUGGAGCCGCGUCCGCCGGGCACCGAGUCCCCGCUGCCCCGGGGGCCGGGACCGGGGCCCGAGCCGGAGCUGGACCUGGAGCUGGAACCGGAGCUGGACCUCUGGGCACUUGAGCCCGCCGGUGCCGGCCCGGGGCCGCCGCCCUGGUGCCCGGGGGAGCCCGGGGGCAGCCCGGUCCCGGGGGGCCCCGCCGAGCCCCCGCCGGACGAGGAGCCGCGCCUCCGGCCCGUCUUCGACGCCCUGGACCGCGACGGCGACGGCUUCGUGCGGGUGGAGGAGUUCGUGCAGUUCGCCACGGCCUACGGGGCCGAGCAGGUGAGCUCCGGGCUGCGACCGCCCAGGCACGGCACAAACCCCCUGCCCCCGGUGCCCCCCGGCCUGGGCACUGCGCUUGCCAUCGCCCACCGUGCCGGGGGUCCGGUGGUCCCGCCGCUGGUGGUGACGGUGGCUCGUGUCCGGGGCUCCGGCCCUCGGAGGAGCCUUUGCUGUCCGCAAGGGCAUCGUCUGCACCGCCCGCCCCGCUGCCGUCGCAGGUGA